AGCAAACGCGCUAAUGGAGACCGCCGCUCGCAACCGAGGGCCUGCCGUUGGCCUUCGACGUGAAGCGCAGGUAUAACCGCAAGUCACAAAGACAUGAUCGCUAUAAGCAGGUCGUGGCUGUUGUCGGCACCAUAAUCAACCAACAGUCAAAAUAAAGCCCCUGACCUCUCCCUGUUUUCUCGAUCACUUCUUCAUCUCAACUCUUGACAAUUGCGACGUUCCCCCACCAUUCUUACCCCACGUUCGUAUCAACCACCGACAACACAGUGAACAACAUGGCGCCCGGCGCAAUUCAGACUGAGGCUGUGCCUGCAAGCAAUGGCACGUCUCUGAAGCCCACCGCGCGCUCGUUCCACCCUGCUGGCACUCCUGAUCCCUCAAAGUACCAUGCGUCUUCAUCUUCUGAGGCGACAGCAGCGGAAGCCAAGUAUGCCGCGCACAACUACCACCCUCUCCCAAUUGUCUUCUCUCGCGCAAGUGGGUGCAGCGUCUGGGACCCCGAGGAGAAGCACUAUCUUGACUUCCUCUCUGCAUACAGCGCUGUCAACCAGGGCCACUGUCACCCUGAGCUCGUCAAGGCCUUGACCGAGCAGGCUUCGCGAUUGACACUCAGCAGUCGUGCAUUCUACAACGAUGUGUUCCCACGCUUCGCCGAAUACGCUACGACGCUGUUUGGAUUCGACAUGAUUCUGCCCAUGAACACUGGCGCUGAGGCUGUUGAGACCGCCGUUAAGGUUGCGCGCAAGUGGGGAUACAAGGUCAAGGGAAUCCCGCAAAACGAGGCUCUGAUCUUCUCUGUUGAAGAGAACUUUCACGGACGUACAUUUGCUGCGAUCACGAUGUCCACCGAUCCCGAGUCUCGCGAGAACUACGGACCAUACCUGCCUAACAUCGGCAGCAUCAACCCCUCGACUGGUAAGGCCAUUCGCUAUAACAAUGUGGAUGAUGUUCGUGAGCUUCUUGAGAAGCAUGGCAAGAACACUGCUGCAUUCCUUGUUGAGCCCAUUCAAGGUGAGGCAGGUAUCGUUGUCCCUGACGACAGCUACCUGAAGGAAGUCCGCGCGCUCUGCGAUAAGCACAAUGUUCUUCUUAUUUGCGAUGAGAUUCAGACUGGUAUCGCAAGGACCGGCAAGAUGCUCUGCUACGAGUGGAGUGGUAUCAAGCCAGAUCUUGUCCUGCUUGGUAAGGCCAUCUCUGGUGGCAUGUACCCCGUGUCGGCAGUGCUAGGUUCCAAGGAGGUCAUGCUUACAAUCGAGCCUGGCACACACGGCUCAACAUAUGGAGGUAACCCGCUGGGUUCGGCUGUUGCUAUCCGUGCUCUAGAGCUGAUCCAGGAGGAGAACAUGGUUGAACGUGCGCAGAACAUGGGCAACAAGUUCCGCGAGGGUUUGAAGAACAUCAACAGCCCAAUGAUCACGACAAUCCGUGGCAAGGGUCUUCUGAACGCCAUUGUCAUCGACGAAAGCAAGACCAACGGCCACAGCGCAUGGGACCUGUGCAUGCUUUUCAAGGCCAAGGGUCUUCUGGCAAAACCCACUCACCAGAACAUCAUUCGAUUGGCACCACCCCUAGUCAUUACCGACGAAGAGGUUGAGAGCGCUCUUAAGAUUAUCAAGGAAGCUAUGGAGGAGUUGCCAAACCUUUAAGGGCAAGAAGCAGAAGGAAGUCAUCCCCGACCCCAGCGAGAAGAACUUUCACGUCGGAGUGGAUAACUGAACGAGUGGACUAAUGGGCCUCUUGAUUCUAUGAUACCCCGCGAGAUCUGAUGGCCGCUUUGGCCCGCUUUGGCGUUGUUAGGCACGACUGCACAAUGUGCAGUACAUUUACAGUCACUAGAGGUGAAUCUGCAUACAAGCAUGGCUCUGCGCGCAGGCUUUAGUUUGAAGCAAGUCAGUACCACACAAAAUUGCAUGCAACUU